AUGUCGUCGUCGGGGAACGUUUCGGACGAGCUGAAGCGGCAGGUCAUGAUCAACCAGUUCGUGGUGGCCGCGGGCUGCGCCGCCGACCAAGCGCAGCAGCUCCUUCAGGCCGCCCACUGGCAGUACGAGUGCCCUGAAUUCACCCAAGACCCUCCCAAGUGGCUGCACCCCCCCUUGAUGUGCCUUGAACCCCUGCAGAGGAUCCAUGCGUACGGCCCUCAGUGCGUUUUUCCAAGAGUCCAGCCUCCCUUACAGCCACCCCCACCAUCAGAUGAUGUGCACGCCUGCCAACACGCCAGCAACACCACCCAACUUUCCAGACACCCUCAUCAUGUUCUCCCGCCUCAAGGCCUCAGAGACUUUUGGCAGCAGCCCUGCAGCAGCCCUGGCAGGCUCCCCUCCACCACCUCCACUCCCCCAGCCUGGAGGCUUCCAUUCGGCCUGGCCUGCUUGCUCUCCUCCUGGGCAACCGGGUGCCUGGAUGCCCGCCACCCUUGCGCAGCCCACUGGCUGGCCCAGCGGCGUCUCCCAGCAAGCCAGCUCCGAGCCAAAGGCCAGCACAGCCCUGGAGGCAGAAAGAUGAGGCCCUGGGCAAUGGGGCAGGGCUCGGCGGUCAUGGAUUAUUCCCCUGAAGGGGGGUGCGAUAGAGCCCCUCACUGCCCCAGAGACACAAAACUGUGGCUGAGAGACAAGACACCAACUGCCUUGGGUUAGGGUUGCCUGGCUCUACUUUGGGACGGUGGUUCUCGGAGAGGCAUGGGGGGUGUACGCUCGCUGUGUAUGCCCUCCUCCAUAUAUAUAUACACACACAGAGCAAGGAUUUGAAUGCAAGUAAAGCCACACUUGGGGGGGGGGUCUACUUUUGUCCUCCUAGUGCCUUGCAGAGGAGGUGGUUGUGGCAGCCAGCGCACCUUUCUCUGGACUCCCAAAGGGAGGUAACUUUUGCAGCAUUUGCUGGGGGAAAUCAGCCUGCAAGGCAAAAGCUGCUGGGUGCUUGCUGAGGCCGGUGAGAAGCGGGGGUAGGAAGGCACUCCUGAGGGGCCAUGGGUUUCCAGCCAUGGACUUUCCCUUUGUCUCCCCCCACCCUUUUUCCCCAGCAGUUGUACAGAAGCUUCCUCUGUGCUCCCAUCCAGGGUGGGCCUAGCCAACCAUGGACCAAUUUGCAUGCUGAUUUAAACACAAACCCCAGAAAAAGUAUGGGGUUUGUUUUUUAAUUGUUCUGUUUUAAUAAUUGCACAUUUUUUAUGGAUUAA